AAUACGACGACGACGACGCCGGAAAACGCCAUUUUGUUGUUGGACAGGACCGACUGAGAAGGAUCGAGAAGCGUUAGUCAAGGUGAGCCAAGAUGGGGAAUUUUGCUAGCCUGUUUAAAGGACUGUUUGGCAAGAAAGAGAUGAGGAUCCUGAUGGUAGGACUGGAUGCUGCUGGAAAGACUACCAUCUUGUACAAGCUCAAACUGGGAGAAAUUGUUACCACCAUCCCCACCAUUGGUUUUAAUGUUGAGACAGUAGAAUUCAAGAACAUCAGUUUUACAGUGUGGGAUGUCGGCGGUCAGGACAAGAUCAGGCCACUCUGGAGGCAUUAUUUCCAAAACACACAAGGCCUUAUCUUUGUAGUGGACAGUAACGAUAGGGAGCGAGUGGGUGAGGCGAAGGAGGAGCUGAUGCGAAUGCUGGCUGAGGAUGAGCUGAGGGAUGCCGUGCUGCUUGUGUUUGCCAAUAAACAGGACCUGCCAAACGCCAUGAAUGCAGCUGAGAUCACAGACAAGCUGACCCUGCACUCCCUGCGCCACCGUAACUGGUAUAUCCAGGCCACAUGCGCCACUAGCGGAGACGGUCUCUAUGAGGGUCUGGACUGGCUCUCAAGCCAGCUAAAGAAUGCAAAAUGAUCCAUCACUCCACCUCCCUGUCUGUCAGCUCAGUCUGCAGCAUUUUUGGAGACAGCACUGGUCCUAGUCUCUCUCCUCUCUUUUUCUCUAAUUCCUUUGAAGCGUUGGAUCUUUGGCCAGUGCUCCCCUGCAUCUGUGUACUGUAUGGAUGUGUUUGGAUGAGCAUUUUUGAAUGAAUGAAUAAAUGUAUGCAUGUAUGAGUGAGCUAAGUGGGAGCAGCCCUGCUGUGCCUUGAACACAGUUAGCUCUCAAGUCACCUCAUUCCUCCAGUGCCAGCACAGCCAAAGGUACUCGUUUUCACAAAGCAAAGAACAACACAAGAUGUUGCGUGCUGUGCGUCAUCUCUAAAGAUACAUUUGCAAAAAGAAAAACCAAAAGGUAAUAAUUCAGUUAUUACAUCUGCUAGUAACAUAAAGGCCUUUUGAUAACUGUUUAUUCAGCCUACAGAGACACACAGUAAACCAAAAUGUAAACUAUGUCAUGUUUGGUAAAAUAAAAUAUGAGAUCUAACAUCCUGAAGCAGUUCACAUUUUUUUUUUGAUGAUUUUAACCAUCAAAGGUCAAAAAAGAUCAAAUUGGACAUUCAGUUUUUGUUUGAAUCUUCAAGUCAGCUCAGAUUCCUGUAGAGAAAGUUUCCACAUUUGUUGAAAUUUCUGGAUAGUUUUAAAGUUCAGUCCCACUUGUAAAAUUUACCACUCAUGGCUUUGUGUCUGAAAUUAGAUCUUGUGGUUUUCACACACAGGAUUAGAAGAUCCAUUAUGCCUGGGUCUAGAAAAGGCAAUAAAUGUUGCAGCGCAUGUUUACAUAUGUGGAGGAGUGUGAGUGUAGCUACUGCGUCGUUGGUGGAUGUAUGUAUCCUCGGGGGGACUGUGUGGGUUUUAGUUACACCCAGUCCUUUGGAACGAUGAGGCCCUAUUUUAGAGUUGCUCCCACUCUAGCUUGUUAUUUACUGAUAGGGUUAUUUGCUCUUGUAUGUAGUACCAUGGGUUAGGGUCUGUUUUUCUAUUUUAUUGGUUGUUUUUUUAUUUGAUUUUUAAUGUUAGUGUUAACCCAUGCAUGACCUGGUUUACUUUAGCAUGAGCCUGACGUGCCAGGUGUGCCGUCCUAUUUGAGUUACACGCUCUCGGGACCAAUUGGUUGGCUUUAGUAAGGGCUCAUUGUGUUCGGUUCAGUUUGGGAUUCGCCGGCUCUUGUGUUUUGCAGCGUACACACACAUACUCCUGACCACAUUGUCAGCGCUGCGAUAGACGGUACAUUUUAAUCUGAAGUGUAUCAAUCAGCUGUGUAGAUGCUUCCUCAGUGCUUCAGGCUUUAUGGUGUUUUGUGUGCGUGCAGCCAGGGCGCGUCCCCUAUUGUUAUUGACAUCAACUUCUACCAUUUGCACAACCUCAUCAGCUUGCACAACACAGGCCAGUGUGAAAACAACAGUUUAUCUCCCUGCCGUUGCAGCGAACUCAUACGCAAUAAACCUCCCCAUUGCUCUACACCAGCAGACAGUUACAAUGUGCAAGCAAGAAUGUUCAACCAGCAACAGAAUAGUUUCCACUCACACCCACUGAUCCCAAAGGCUCCCAUGAUUAUUAAACCUUGAACAACACACAUCCCUUACUCACUGAAGAGGACUCUAAGGUCAUAAUAUCACACUGACCUCAAAAGGGAGAUUCAUGUUCCCUUUUUGUUUUUCUACAACUGGACAUGUAGAUGUAUUUUUUUUUUUUUUUGGAAAGUUGUGUAACUGAAUGACUAAUCUUUUUGGCUUUCUUUGUCCUUAUGUUAUAUUUCCUUAGUAGAGACAUAAUCUGUUAAACAGCAAGAAAUACAAAUGUAUAUAAAAUCCUGUAUUUCGACUUGACAUUCUCCAUCAACUUUUGUUCAGAUGUGAAGCUUUAAUUUUCAAAAUCGUUUCUGUACAAAUGUCAUGGUAUGUGCAUAUGUAUUUCUUAAUUACCUUUUACGCUUUUUUAAACUCAUCUUGUAACAUCUGAUAAAUGCACUAUAAUAAAGAGAUCUCUAUUGUACAUCGUC